GAUGCUAGAACAGCUCCUCAAGCACCAAAUUUGGUGUCAUUUACCGAUGUUAAGAAUACCUCUGUUUCCAUACAUUGGCAAGGCCCUCCAGACUGGACUGACUAUGAUGACUUUGAACUUCAGUGGACACCUACUGACCCCCUGGUGGUAUUUAACCCUUACAGCACUGGCAAGUCAUAUGGACGAAUUGUUACCGGCCUAAGACCUGGGCGUCUAUAUGAAUUCAGUGUGAGAAGUGUCAGUGGAAAUGUAAAGAAGACUUUUAGUCAGCUCGCUGUUGGCUCCGUAAGAACUAAACCUGACAAGAUACAACAUCUGCAUUGCCGGCCUCAAAAUUCCACUGCAAUCUCCUGUUCAUGGACACCCCCAGAUUCUGAUUUUGAUGCAUAUAGCAUAGAGUACAAAAAGAAUGGCUCUGAUGUGGUGGAAUACUCAAAAAGAAUUGAAAAACAUAGGUCAACACUCACAAUCAUGCACCUUGAACCACAUAAAAGAUACGUAGUAUCCAUCAAAGUGCACUCGGCAGACAUGAUAAGCCAGAUGGUGGAGGACAGCACCAUAACCAUGAUUGAUCGACCUCCUGCACCACCUAUUCAUAUUAGAGUGAAUAAAAUAGAUACUUUUAUUAGCAAGUCAACAAUUCACUUCAGUUUUAAUUGCAGCUGGUUCAGUGACACCAAUGGAGCUGUCAAAUACUUCACUGUGAUUGUGUCAGAAGCAGAUGGCAAUGAAAAUGUGAAGCCAGAGCCGAAUCACCCCCUGCCAACGUAUACCGAUUACAAAAAGAACAGCUCCAUUAAAGUCUAUCAGACAAACUACUUUGGAAGCAAAUGUGCGGAAACUGCCGACUACAAUAUCCAACCUGUCAGAAUAAAACUGGGUGGGGAAAUGGAAAUCCUGGGAGGAAAGUGUGAGGACAAUCAAAUGAGAUUCUGUGAUGGCCCAUUGAAGCCAAGGACAUCCUACAGGAUUAGUAUCAGAGCUUUUACGCAGCUUUUUUCUGAUGAGCUGAAGGAGUUCUCAGAGCCCUUGUUUACGGAUACUUUCUUCUCAUUGCCCAUCACAACAGAAGCAGAACCUCUUGUUGGAGUCAUAGAAGGUGUGAGUGCUGGUUUAUUCCUCAUCGUUGUUCUAACUGGAGUCACAGCAUUACUGAUCUGUCGUCAGAGAUGCAGAAGAGUCUAUGAUCAGGAUCAAAUGCAUGCACAUCUGAAUGUACGGAGAGAAAGGACAUCAUCUAUACAUCUAAACGUAGGACAUAAAGGGAACAAGCGAAAUUCAAGCCCAGUCAAAGCAAACCAGUUUGAAGUCCAUUUUAGCAAGCUUCAAGCAGACUCCAACUAUUUGCUUUCUCAGGAAUAUGAGGACCUGAAAGAUGUUGGUCGAAACCAAUCUUUUGACAUAGCACUUUUACCAGAGAACAGAGGGAAAAAUCGAUACAACAAUAUACUGCCUUAUGAUUUUACAAGAGUAAAACUUUCCAAUGUUGAUGAUGACCCAUGCUCAGACUAUAUUAAUGCCAGCUACACUCCAGGUAAUAACUUCCGCAGAGAAUAUAUUGCUACACAAGGGCCUCUUCCUGGUACCAAAGAUGAUUUCUGGAAAAUGGUUUGGGAACAAAAUGUCCAUAACACUGUAAUGGUGACACAGUGUGUCGAAAAAGGACGGGUAAGUGGAAGAUUCCAUUUC